ACGCCUGAAAGAGCGGGAGUACGGAAUAUGUAACAUAAAAGGCAAUAAGGAAAUAAAUGGAUUCGGGGCUUGCUGAGCGUACCAUAGAGAGGGGAAGAGAGACGAGGUAGAACGAAAGGAGAAGACUGUCUGAAACUGCAACAGACAGAUGUUCCAGAAAGCUGGCGAAGAGAUACGGAUAAGAAAAGGGGGGAGAGGGGCAGUGCAGAGGUGUGUAGAGAACAUUGUCUGGCUGACAGACGAUUUGAGAAACAACUGCAACAAAAAGGCCGGAUGGGAGUCUAUAUUGACACAUAUGCACGCAUACACACCCACAACACACACAUGGAUAGACUGCGGCCGACCAGUGACUCCGGGCGACUACUGCCAGUGGUACCCAAAGACCCUCUCACUAAUGCAUUAGAUGCCAUUGUGGUCAGUACUGAUCUCAUCGAGGAUGAACUCCGACCUCACCUGGAAACAGUACUUACUGUCAUACAGGAAAAACAGCGUGGGGCUGCGGAACAGGUGGCAGUGAGUGGUGUAUUACCUAUUCUGGCUCAAGCCCUUAGGAGGAGAGGACCGCUUACUUUAAUGACUGCUAAACUGGUGUCAGAACUGGCCAGAGAAACGGUGAUCAGGGAGAGGUGUGGGGAGACAGGGGUGUCAUCUGCUCUGCUGUCUGUGCUGGUCUCCAGGGAUCAGGAGCUGCUGAUACACGCUGGUCGCGCUAUCGCUCGUAUCUGCUACGAGAGCCGGUGUCAACAGGAGCAGUUGUUGCGUUUGGGGGCGGUCCCUAAGCUGGUUGGAAUCCUGCUGGGUUUUAAAAGCAACCAGGCUCUGGAGGGUGUGUGUCUUGUGGCCCUGUGUAACCUAGGUGACAUGGGAGAGGGAGGGGAGGAUGGAGGUAUAUCGUGGGAGAGAGGCGUGUCACUAUGUCCCGAGGAGUCUGUGUUUCGUGGCGUGACUUGUCACUCCUGCGGCUUUGGCUCCAUGGUUACAGUCGUCAGACUGACCCAGUGGUCGCCCGGGCAACACACCGUCAGCAUCGAGGUGUUAUUCCGUUACUCCAUCGGGUUCUGGACAAUGCAUAACAACCGCCGGACAGUGCGACGUUCACCACUCUCUCACCUGGGAACGUGUCCUAGGUUCUACAAAGCCAUCAAGUACUCCGUUCAGAACAUUCCCAACAGUAGGAGCCUCAAGUCACUGAUCUUCCACAUCUUCCUUUGAGAGGGGGAUGGACUACAAACAUGGCAGCAUAUUAUGGACUACAAACAUGGCAGUAUAUAAUGGUUUACAAACAACGCACCAUAUUAUGAACUAAAAACGUUUUUCAUUGACUAUGAAUAUGGUAUUCUAUCAAUGACAAACAGGAGAACUCAUUCACACCUUAGAGAUGAACGGACUACAAACAUGGCAUUUUAUGGACUACAAACUGGUUGACUCUGAAAGUCACUAUAGAUACAUCAGGACUGCAGACAGAAACCGAGAUGACUGUGGGUGUUGGGGUUCUGGAUGUACCUUACCCAAUCAGAAAUAAAUCAGAGUUCAAUUUCUUUUCAAAAUUGA